UCAUAAGUGGUGGAUUGGACCUCUACACAGUUUUAUGAAAACAGAGGUAUCCAUAGCAUACAAUUGAAUAAUCAAAAAGACGUUUCGUGUGAACGGAUCACCACCAUCUGAGAUAUGUCGAUCUAAAAGCUAAUUCUUUUUAGAACUGUAUUAUUUGACACCCCCCGAAAAGAUGGGACUAUUUUUGGUGGAGCCCCUUGUUGCUUUCUACGGCUUUGCAAGUUUUUUGGUCUAUCCACUGGUGCCACAGUAUGUGUAUAGGCGACUAUGGCAAGAGUUGACCAACACCACCUACCCUGUCUCGGACAACACCUCCAGAUGUUCUGCAAACGCCAGCAACCACUCAAGUCACCAUGAGGAAGUGCAGAAGGCCGCCUCUCUCUUCUCCCUCUACACCGAGCUCUUCUCCAUGAUCCCCUCCCUCGUCGUCACCCUCAUCCUGGUGACCUACAGCGACCGUCGGGGGCGCAAGGUCGCCAUCGUCAUGCCCCUGAUCGGCUCUCUGAUCUACACGCUGUCCUUCCUGGCCGUGUCGUUCUUCGAGCUCAACCUCUACCUCCUCAUCGGCUCGUCGCUGGUCAGCGCCCUGUUCGGGGGUUCCGGAACCUUCCUUGGCGGCUGCUUCUCCUACAUCGCCGACUUGUGUGAGGACGGGCAGCAGAAGACCCUGCGCAUGGGGGCCAUCGACAUGGUGAUCGGCUUGCUGUCGGGCGUGGCGUCCCUGUCGACCGGAUACUUCCUGCGAGCGGCGGGCUUUAACUGGCCCUUCUGCGUGUCCGCCGUCUUCCAGUGCUUCAACCUGCUGUACGCCGUCGUCGUCCUGGAGGAGACGUUGAAGGCACCCCCCGACGACGCCGCCGCCGAGGACGGGACCCCUCGCUGCACGGCGUUCCGCAGGCUCGCUUCCGGCAUCUUCCAGAUGUUUGCGGCGGGGAGCGGGAGGCGGAACACCCUCCUGGUCCUCCUCCUCCUUGUCUUCACCACCUUCUCCUUCGCCAACAGGGGCGGGCUCUCCAACAUCACGCUCUACGAGCUGAACGAGCCGCUCUGCUGGAACGAGAUCCUGAUUGGCUACGGCUCGGCGCUGGCCACCACGGUGUUCCUGACCAGCUACGUGGGCUUGGCUGUGUUCUCGCGCUGCGGCACGCCCAGCCUGGUCAUCAUCCUGAUAGGGAUACUGUCCGUGAUGAUUGGCAUGGCGCUGGUCGCCUUCGCCAAAACCACCCUCAUGAUGUUCCUGGUGAGGAUUCCCAUGCUCCUGGCUAUCAUGCCUUUCCCCGUCCUGCGAUCCAUGAUGUCCAAGAUCGUGUCAAAGGCCGAGCAAGGGGCCCUCUUUGCAUGUGUGGCCUUUGUGGAGAGCCUGAGCGGAAACGUGGCCUUCGCCGUGUUCAGCAGCCUCUACGCCGCCACCGUGGCCUGGUACCCCGGCUUCAGCUUCCUGCUGGCGUCCGGCCUGUGCUUCGUCCCCAUGGCACUACUGGGGGCAGUGGCACUGCUGGGGCCGGAGGAGGCCGGGGAGGCCAAGGAGACGGAGGCUCUCAUCCCAGGGGAGGAGGAGAGCCCCAACCCUGCCCUGGCCUGAGCUGAGCUGAGCUCCCCCAUGGAAACAUGGAAAGACGGCAACAUCGGUAGUUGUUCGACAGUUGUUCUUCCUGUUCAGGGAUUCAUAAACCUCUGAGCAGCCUGACUAUCAAUUGCAGGGGAAUGUUAUUGCUGGAACACUCGUUUAGACACAGUGUUUAUCUUGUGGCAAACAGUCAUAAGAUGACUGUUUGUGCGUGGUGUGUAUGCGUGUUUGUCUUAUCGUUGACUGUUGCAAUUCAGUCGAAGCUUUUUGUUAAUUUUAUCUGGAAAUGUAGGCUGCGGUAGUUAUAUAGACAAGGAAGAAGCAAAGCAAUGUGGAUUCAAAGGAAAGGAAUCUGGAAUGCACCAGCAAUACCUGAACAGAUUCAGGGUUUACGUGAAGGUGAAGUCUGUACAUGAAAUGGAGUCCUUCGGUGCAAUACACAUACCUUGCAAUAUGACAUGAGAAUUCAACCUAUUUAAAAAAUAGUACCUAUUUUCUUUAAAACAUAAUACCUCUGCAAUUUACAUCCGUGAGCAUAGUUUUCCCAGGGUUUCUUGGUAUAAUUUCUUCAAAUAAGUAAUAAUGUACAGUAAUAAUUGUUUCCCAAAGAAGGAAAUUACAAAACUUACAUUAGCAACAUACAUCUUUGGAUUGCUUAGAAGUUAAUUUUAUACAGUGAUUAGUUUUUUUUUACAUAUGCAAAUAAGUUUUUUUUAAGAGUUUUUUUGUGAAGUGUAUAUUUGAUCAUUUUUAUUUUUAAGAAUGUUACUUUCAGCUUUCUUGCAAGCUGGUUGUUGACUGAUGUGUACAUUUGUCAAUUUCUUGGGACUUGGUCUAUACUGUUGUGUGAAUGAACCAAAGAAUAUAUAAACCUACAUUGAAACUUCAAUUUAAAAUGUAUGUUUCAAAAAAUGUAUUAUGGUCGAUUCUAGCCCACAUAACGCGGGCUCUGAUUUUGUGAUCAUCUUUUUAUGGGAGUACAUACAAUGACUCACGUGACUUGCUUUAUAUAGCAUUAGGCACAACUGCACAGUUCAACUAGCAACAACCAGGCAAUAUACAGAAUGUCUAAGUGUGUGUGUAGGUUAAAGGUUAGUAACCACAAAAAAAAAAAUGAAUUCAUGUAAUCUCAAACUUUUUGCUGUGACAGUGGUCUUGUGAUGUUGUGGGUUAUCUUGGGCAAACCAGGUGGGUGUCAUAGCGACCACUUUUGGGCUUGGUUCUAUAUCCAUUCAGUCAAUUGAGGAAGUGAGAUUGACAGUAUAAACUGUAGUGUCAUGUACUUCUAAGUAUUUUCAAAGUAAAAGCAUUAUUUUCAUUUACCUCAUGCAGCAAUGUCACAAAUACAUUCUCUGACUCUAGAAUUUACAUUUGGAGAUUUGUUGAUGAUGCAACAAAAUUGAAAGUCCCAUUCAUAAAAUGAACACUCAACAUUUUUCUACAGUUUUUGUUGUUGUUGUGACUUUCAGGUCAACGUUCCCCCACUUGAAUGGCUUGGUGCAUUGUCAAUACCUAACCUCCUUAACCUCUAGUUAAGGUAUGAUUAUGUUGAUUUAUUACAAUAAAGUUUUUGUUCUUAAAGAACAUUUUUGGAAAA